UUUCCUUGGCCAAAUCUAUCUUUCUCGAAGCGAAGGUCUCUCAUCAAUGGCGAAAUCAGUGGCGACGGCGACUUCCUCGCUUGUGCAAAACCUUAGGAAAUACAUAAAGAAACCAUGGGAGAUCACCGGACCUUGCGCUCACCCGGAGUACCUGGAAGCUGUUCCGAAGGCGACGGAGUAUCGUAUCCGAUGCCCCGCCACGGUUGAUGAAGAGGCGAUCGUGCCGUGCUCGGAUCCAGAGACGGUGUACAACAUCGUAUACCACGGCAGAGAUCAGCGCCGAAACCGCCCGCAGAUCCGGCGUUAUGUGUUGAAGAAGGACGACGUGGUUCAGAUGAUGAAUGAGAAGAAGACGUUCGAGGAGUCGGACUUCCCUAGAGUUUACUUGACAACCACUGUCGAGGAGGAUGAGAACGCGCGUGGCGGAGGCUACGAGUAACAAUCAGGUUUUUUCGAAUCCCUGUCUUUCUCCAGUAAUCUGCUGAUGGGCAAAGGACUGCGUUUGAUAUUUCUCUACCGACAAAAGAUUCUCCUUGGUUUGCAUUAUCUAAUAAGAUCUCUAGUAGCUUAAUGUACUACAAAACACUUUAUUUUCCUUCACAAGAACCAGAUUGCUGUUCAAUCACAUUUCCCUAUGUUUACGCAUAUAACAAGAUAUACAUAUUAUAUGAUGAACUCAUGAUUGUUUCAAGUCUGUAGUUUUAUUAGAAAUGGUUGCCAGUGUAACACAGAGAGAAACAAGUCUGUGUACUUGAGGACCCACCGUAAUGUAUCAGUUAUUAAAAUUUUAAAAAGAAAAAGGGGAAGAAGAA